UAUCGAUGUGUGGUGAGGGAGGGGCGGGUGGGCGCGUGGCCGGGGCUGUGGGCGGACCGGGAUCGCGCGUGGCAGCAUGGAAGCAGCCUAUAAAGUGGAUCAGGAUCCGGGUUCAUCUUCACCUGUCCACACAGCAGCAGAGGAACAGCUGCAUCUUCCUCGCGCCAAACUCCGCUUUGAUUUCUGACUUUUAAAAAAAAGAAAAAAGGAAACAUCUUUUAUCUUUUACUGACACUGGAAACUAGAGAAAAACUGACACUGGAUUUACUUACUUGCUCGACAGCGGCAGUAAAGCGGGAUUAAUUUGUGACCGUUUAUCUUAAAUUUUAGUUCUUUUUUUAAAUCUUCCUUCAGAGAACAAGGACUUCACUCUGCGACCAGCAGCUGCAGUCAUGAGCCGUCAGUUGGUGCUGAUGGUGAGCCUCGGGCUCGCGCUGUUGGCGUGUUCCCGAGGCGGGGAGGCGCGUGUCCGGCUCAACUCCAUCAGGACCGUGAUUCUGAGGGAGGGGCACGCGCUGCCGGUGAACCGUAGCACGUGGGAGCCGAGUGUGGACCUGACACUCUUCCAGUGCAUGAGCGACCUGGAGUGCAGUGAGGGGAGCUAUUGCCACGCCCCCUCCAAAGGCCCCGCCCAUUCCCGUUGCCAGACCUGUCGCAGGAGGAAGAGGCGUUGCCACAGGAACGGCAUGUGUUGCCCGGGCAAUCACUGCAGUAACAAUAUCUGUGUUCCUGACGUCGACAGCUUUGUGUCUCAGAGGAUCCCGGACUCGGACGCAGAGAUGAGUCCACUGUCUAAAAAGAAAGGAUGGAGGAAAAGAGGAAGAACGGACUCCAAAGGGACGACUGGUAAAGGUCAGGUCGGGGAUCCUUGUCUGCGCUCGUCGGACUGCUCGGACAGUUUGUGCUGCGCCCGUCACUUCUGGACUCGCAUCUGUAAGCCCGUGUUGCGGGAGGGACAGGUUUGUACGCGACAACGCCGGAAAGGGAACCACGGCCUGGAGCUGUUCCAGCGCUGCCCGUGUGGGGACGGGCUAAGCUGCCGAACGCUGAGAGAGCCCGGCGCCCAGCCUUCAUCACCAUCAUCUUCGUCAUCAUCAUCAUCAUCAUCAUCUCUGCUUGCGGCGGCGGCGAAGUCCAAGUUUGCAUCGUCCUCUUCCUCGUCUCGCCACUCGUCUCCUCACACAUCUCUGCUGUCUUCAAAGUCUUCAUCGUCAGCGAAGCCGUCGUCGUCGUUGCCCGCGGUCGCAAAAACGAGACUUCAUGUGUGUCAGAAAAACUGAGGAUGGACGGACGGAAAGAAAGACAGACCAACGGAGGGGAGGUGAGAGGACGGAAAGACUUCCCUCUCUUUGCCCAUGACCGACCCCAGAGGGAGCGAGAGGCAAGAGACAAAAAGAGAGCGAGACAGAGUGAAAACGGCGGGAAGGGUGAAUAACCAUACCUGUUUACACCCUCCCUUCCUCCCCCCUCCUCAAAACUGUCCCAGUAUCUCGAUGCUAAUCAGCUUCCUGUCAGUCUGCAUUCACACGCAAACUCGGCCGGAUGUGAAACUCUUUGUGGUUCGGAUCUGGUUUUCUUCCUGGGUGUCUAGACGAACUGAAACCACUUUAAAAUCCAGUUUGACCCCAUUUACACCGACAGGAAAAAGCAUUAAUAUUGAAAACCUGGUGCGAGUGUGUUGUGGUUUUCCUUUCCUUUGAGGAUCAAUUACGUGCUGUUACUUUGAAAAACCACACCGCAGAAAUGACUAGAAAUUAGAAAAUAAAAACAUAUUUUUAUCCUCACAACAAUAGAAAACAAUGUGCUUUUACUUUCGCUAAUUUCAGAACUGUUUCAACAUAUUCUGUUUCUAAUACAAAAGUCUUGAAUUGCACUGAUAGAAGUUGAUGGUGUUCAAGUUUGAGUUCGAUAACUAACAUGCUUCACAUAACCAAUUUCAGUCACUUCUAAUUUAUAUUUUAUUCAGUUUUCCAUCUUCUCAAUUCACAAUAAGAAAGUCAUACAAAUGUUGAGGUUGAAAUUGUGAUUCUGACUCAAUUAGAGGAAGAUGAUGGUGAAAAGUGAAACGUGAUCUGGGCGUCCAUAGAAACCCUUUAAAUCCAUACUCACUCCCUAAAGUGUGACAUUUUGCCUCCGCACCCAAAGUUUAAGGCCUGAGGUUUGCACUGUUUUGAUUGUGAGAGUUAUUUUUCUAUAAGUUGUUCCUGUAUAUUUUGGAUGAAUGUUGGUGUAAUUAUUUGUUUAUGUGUCACUCUGCCAGUUUAUUUCGGGGGUUUAUUUCCACUGCUUUAGAGAAGCAAUCUUCUGUAACGUUAGACAAAUCUGUGACUCAAUCAUCAGGUGUUUCUGAUUAAAAGCAUUUGUCAU